GACUACGACCUGUGACUACGACUACGUUCCAUUUCCAUGCCGAAGCUAAGCUGUUUGCCUAAACAGUCCGGUCUGUGUUGGUCUUUACAAUUAACAUAUAUCAAACACUAGUUAGUGGAUUUGAUCUAAAUGUUUUGUUCAUGAAUGUGAGAUGUGACUGAAAGUCAGAUUUAAUAGUUUUUCUUCCGUUUUACACGUAUUGGAACGUAUUAGUGAUGCUGUGAUUGCUGUGCGGUAAUAUUAGCGAGGAACUGUGAGGUUAUUGGCGUCUGCUGUGUACGGUUUUUGAUUAUUUUUUAUCUGCAUUAAUUACGCCUUUUGAUUGAGAUGGCAGCUCAUGUAAUCAGUGUGUGCGUAUUUUGUUUGAUUUGUGCUACUCACUCCCCUUGUGGUUCCCAUGCAGCCGUGGCCCAUGAAAAUCCGCAAGUUCACAAUUACCACAAUGUACACAAUCCAACGAUUAUCAAAAGAGAAAAAUUUAAAGAAAAGGAUCCCUGGGACAAUAGUGUGUUAAAUAUUAGUGGUGAAAACACUAAAGUGCAUGUUCUUAAUAAACGACAGAGUGAUGACAGUAGCGAUAUUAACGUUAACAAUAAAAACUUUUAUCUUAAAAAACUAUUUGCUAAAUACGGUGACGGAAAGACACUGACUAUCGACGGUUUUCAAAACUUACUCGACCAUUUAUUCGAACUUCAAUUAUUAGGGAAACAUUUGAAUCAUACUGAGGCUUCCAGUGAGCCGCAGACUAACGACACGUGUUUUAUAAAUAAAUCAUUAGUGGCGGUCUCAAACUCAUCAUCCUCGAAUAAUCAGACUGACGCUUUAAAUUACACAACGAUAGAUACUCUAUGCCCCGCAAUACUCUACAGCAUCGUAUCUGGAAGUUGUACGCACAACGUAUUAGGUUUAGGUGUAAAAGAAGAAAGUAUUAGGCACACAUCAACCAGUGUAAGCACGUGGUUGUACUCUAUGGGUGCCGUAUUCGUAAUUAGUGCAUGCGGAGUCCUGUCACUGCUAAUUAUCCCUGUGAUGCAGAAGAAAUUCUACAAACCGCUUCUUCAGUUUCUGGUAGCUUUAGCUGUAGGCACGCUGGCUGGCGAUGCUUUGUUGCAUUUAUUGCCACACGCUAUGAGUAGCGGUCACCAUCACGACCACGGGCAUGAAGAGAGUCAUGAGAAUAUGUGGAAAGGAUUUGUUGCUAUGCUAGGUUUGAUUCUUUUCUUCGUCAUGGAAAGAUUUAUACCACUGGUGCAUAGGUGGAGAAAGGGUAAACCGCAGAAGAGCCAUUCUCAUGUCAAGGUGUUGAGCAGUGGUUUAGAUAUCAAUAAAGCGGCUGAUACUCAGUGUAAGGAUAGGUAUAAUGCAUAUCCUCGUUGCUAUAAAGACAUCGUUGAUGACCCAAAUACUACGUUUUUAGAGGCUGGUGAAACAUCUAAUGGACUGGAAGAGUUGUUAAGUACAAGAAAGAAAAAGCCUCUUAAACAAAAUGCUCUUUGCGGAAGAGGCGAAAUGGCAAAAUCAGAGGCUACUACCAAAGAUAAAGAAAACGGCGAGACUAACCAAAACAUGACCGAGUGUCCCAACGAUCUAAACUCAUCUAAUAAUUGUACUGAAAUAAAUAAAAUGUUGCCUCAUAUUGAGGUCAGCGGCCAUGAAGAACCUGAAGCUGACUACACAGUCAUACUAACUGAACACGGUGCAGUCCACCACGGUCAUUCCCAUUUGCAUGGCCAUGUCCAUGCAGCUCCCCAGAAUUUCUCGUCUGUGGCAUGGAUGGUCAUAAUGGGAGACGGCUUGCACAAUUUCACUGAUGGUAUGGCGAUAGGAGCCGCGUUUUCUGGAAGCGUAGCUGGAGGAUUUUCUACAGCAGUCGCAGUGUUUUGUCACGAGUUACCCCAUGAAGUUGGAGACUUUGCUAUGCUUCUGAAGGCCGGGAUGAGCAUCAAACAGGCGUUGUUCUACAAUAUAAUCUCGAGUAUUCUGUGUGUCUUAGGCAAUCUACUUGGAGUGUGGUUAGGGAAUACUGAAGUGGCGAGUUCUUGGGUGUUUGCGGUAGCAGCCGGUACUUUCAUUUACAUCGCUUUGGUGGAUAUGAUUCCAGAAUUGAGUUCUGCUCAUGAAGAUGAAGGAAACCUCAUACAGUCGAUCUUACAUUUAAGUGGUUUACUUUUGGGUUUUGGGAUAAUGACUUUAAUUGCUCUUUAUGAACAUGAUCUGAAGAAUAUGUUUAAGGAUUAAUUUUUUAUAUUUAUUUUCUAAUGGCUGUUUUAAACUAAUAGUGAGUUAAAUAUCGUGUAAAGAAACUAUUUACAAAGACCCCAUUUUUACGAACUAUUUGACGUCCCCUCUUCCUUCUCUAUUACUUGUAGGUAUUAGGUCUAGUAAAGACGUAACUACCUAUUGUGUACACUUUUGUGUAAGAGAACAGUAUCAGAAAAAAUAAAAUUUAUUUACAAA